AUCCAAUCCAAUUCAAUUCGAUUUAUUAUUCAAUUAUAGCAAAAUGAUCUCCAAACCCCCCAUCGGCUUCGUUGGCCUAGGCGCAAUGGGCUUCGGAAUGGCCACCCACCUCGUCAAAAAAGGCCACCCCGUGCAUGGCUUUGACGUCUUCCCGGCCUCCGUGCAGCGUUUCCAAGAAGCAGGCGGGAUUCCUGCAUCGUCGCUCCGGGAGUCUGCAGAGGGGAGGGAAUUCUACGUUUGCAUGGUUGCGUCCGCGCCGCAGGCGCAAUCGGUUUUGUUUGGGGAGGGCGGGAUUGUGCAGUAUCUGGCGAAGAAUGCAACGCUCCUCCUCUGCUCGACUGUGGCUGCGUCAUACGCCAAAUCUGUCGCGUCAGAACUCCGCUCUCUAGGCAGAGACGACAUCUACUUCAUCGACGCCCCUGUCUCGGGCGGCGCAAAACGCGCCGCGGACGGAACACUUUCCAUCAUGGCGGGUGGGUCGGACGACGCUCUCGCCCGCGGAAAGACACUCCUGCAGACUCUCGCCGCGCCGGAUAAGCUGUAUCUUGUCCCCGGCGGGGUCGGGGCGGGAAGUAACAUGAAAAUGGUGCAUCAGGUGCUAGCGGCCAUCCACAUUCUGGGCGCGAGUGAGGCGAUGGGUCUUGCGGCAAGAUUGGGGCUGGAUGCGAAGACGGCGUCGGAGGGGAUUAUUUCGUCCGAUGCGUGGACGUGGAUGCAUGAGAAUCGGCUGCCGAGGAUGGUGGAGGAGGAUUGGAAUCCCGGUGCGAGUGCGUUGACGAUCAUUCUCAAGGAUGUGGGCAUCAUCACAACCUCCGCACGAGAAAACCACUUCCCAACCCCCCUCUGCUCAACAGCAGAACAAACAUACCUCUCUGCUCUCUCGCAAGGCUACGGCGCAAAAGACGACUCCGCCAUGGUCCGCCAGUACUAUGCUGACCCAAUCAAGAACAUCCCAUGCACCCUCUCGCACGAACAAACAACCUCCGCCCUCCAACUCAUCCAAGACCUCCAAGUCGGCAUUAACCUCGUCGCAGCCGCAGAAGCAGUCGCGUUUGCACGCCAUCUCUCCGUUGAUCUGGACCAGUUCUACCAGCUCGUCAGCGACGCAGCUGGUGCUAGUCAAUUGUUCAUCACGCAGGGAUUGGAGAUGAUUGAGGGGCGGAUUGGAGAAAAAGCGCCUGCGGGGCCGAGUGUGGAUGAGGCUAUGCUGCGGUUAGAGAAGGUCGUGCAGACGGCGAGGGAUUUGCAUACGCCGUUGCAUUUGGGGAAUGCGGCGUUGAGUGUGUUGACGAUGGCGAGGAGGAGUGGGUGGGGAGAGGAGAAUCGGACGAGUGUGAUUAAGGCUUUUGGAAUUUGAUUAUAUAGAUUAUUGUUGUAUGUUUAUUCUAUGUAUC